AUGUUAACUAGACGGUUUUCGAAGACGUUAAGGUUAACAGUGCUGACUUUAAUAGUCUGCAGUUUGUUUCUUAUUUCGAAUAGAACGAUCACAGGCGAACUUUCACAGAGCAUUCAUGCGUACUUGGAAGAUUGGAUAGUACUGAAUGGAGGUGAUGGCAAGGAUAGGCAGAUAUUACAGGAGGUUAUCGAUGCUAUAAAUGGAGAAGACGAGACACAUAGGGAAUCUGCAUCACGGAGUGACAAUGCUGAGAAGUCCAUUCCUGACAAGCUUUUGUCACAUUCAACACCGACUGCCGAAGAGGAGAGUAGACAAGCAAAAUUGAGAGGAUUUUAUGAGAAGGUGUUUAAUAUGUUAAGCAAACAUGCUCCAAGUGGGAGCAGUUCUAAAAUUCGUGGCGAGAAUUGUCAGUUGACCAAAGAUAUUGGGGGGAGAUUGGAGGACCAAAAAUGGUGGUAUAAACUUUCCUAUGAGCAUCUUAGCAAAUGCCUGCAAGUGUCAAGGAAAGACAGAAAGAUGUUGAAAAAAAAACACUCAGACUAUGUUGCUGAUUUGGCAUCGUUGGUUUUACCUCUAGAUUCGUAUACUGGUAAUGGUAUUGUUACGGUUGGAGGUGGUAAGUUUAGUGUUUUAGCAUUUCUUAUGAUCACAACGUUACGUAAUGUUGGUACAACGCUUCCUGUUGAAGUAUUAAUUCCUCCGAAUGAGGAAUCAGAACAUGAAUUCUGUAACAAUGUGCUGCCAGAGUUUAACGCUAAGUGUAUUUACCUUUCUGAUGUUUUACCAAAAUCGGUGCUUACUAGUUUCGAGGUGAAGGGCUAUCAAUUGAAGUCUUUUGCAAUAAUUGCAUCUAGUUUCCAGAAUUUGUUACUUUUGGACGCUGAUAACUUGCCUAUAAAGAAUUUGGACGAUAUAUUCGAAUCCAAACCAUACAAGUCCACCGGAUUGGUAUUAUGGCCUGAUUUCUGGAGACGCACCACAAGCCCGAUAUAUUACGAAGUAGCGGGCAUUCCCAUCAAUUAUAAUAAACGAGUCCGUAACAGCAUUGACGAUGUUACUCCAGCUUCAGUAUACACUUCAAACCCCUAUAGUCUUUCGACAGUUCCCAUGCAUGAUUUGGAAGGGGCAAUACCAGACAUGUCAACCGAAUCGGGCCAACUAAUGAUUAGCAAGCGUACACAUCUCGGAACAGCGUUGCUUUCCCUUUAUUAUAACGUUAAUGGGCCCACAUGGUAUUACCCGUUGUUCUCCCAAGGUGCCUCUGGAGAAGGUGAUAAGGAAACAUUUAUUGCUGCAGCCAGUUUUUACCAGUUGCCUUUUUAUCAGGUUCGUACCGUCACUGGCGUUGAUGGAUAUCAUAGAUCUUCGGGAUACCGUGGAGUUGCAAUGUUACAGCAUGAUUUUCGUCAAGAUUAUGAACGCUAUACUCAUUCUAAAGAGGAUACUGAAGCAAAAUAUGCAGCAGGAUCUGCAGCCUAUGAAAGUUCCUACAACGUGAACGACUUUUACAAUACUUAUUUUGGUACUUAUAACUCACAGGAACCACUGGAUGUCAUGUUUGUUCAUUCCAAUUUACCGAAACUUGAGCCAUUAUCACUAUCAACAGAUUUGAUGGAAGAUGGUCAACACAUUCGUUCUUAUUCCAAUUUGAAGAGAUUGCAUGGAUACGACAUAGAACUACGAUCUUUUCAAACAUUUAAUGAGUACCUAUGUGAUAAAAGGGUUAAGUUUAAAUACUACGAGAAAACAUUGAUCGACGAAGAGAGCUGGACAUCCAUGUGUGAUUACAUCAAGGGUAGAUUGAGCUUUUUGGAACGUACUCACGAUGAAGCGCUUAAUAAGAACUAG